CACGGUCUUGCUACUACCCGGGAAGUCGUUCGACAUGUUUUGAGGGCUUUUGAUCCUGAAAGGGUGGAGCAUAGGUCACAGCAUAGAUUACGACGACGAAUCUACAGGUGUAAAGGGCCAAAUUACUUAUGGCACAUUGACGGCUACGACAAACUAAAACUGUUUGGAUUCUGCAUUCAUGGCGCAGUUGAUGGCUUAAGUCGAAGGAUCCUGUGGCUGGAGGUUGCAUCUUCAAACAACGACCCUAGUAUAGUAGCUCAAUAUUUCUUAGACUACACAAGACAGUUAGGAGUUACGGCAAGGAUUGUACGUAGAGAUAGGAGAUCUGAGAACGGGAACUUAGCGGUCCAUGAAUGACGACUUUGCAGGCGAUAAAGUUUCAUGUAUGGGAAACCUACGGCAAACCAAAGAAUUGAAGCAUGGUGAGGACGUUUAAGGCAAGGAUGUGCAGAAUGGUGGAUUACUUUUUUUAAACACUUGAGAUUCUGGUUUGUAUUACGAUGA